CUAAGUGACAGUAUAAAACGGAUGUUCCUCAUCGCGCGAGGCAUUAAGGGAUACUAUUUUGAACGAGGCAUGGAGCCUGCACCGGUGAUCGCGUUAUUUACGCUUCUUGUGAUAACCAUCAAAGGGCAGGGCCAAGAACCGUACGACCCAAAUCGACUACCGCCGCCAGGAAAAUCAUACUGCCCUCCUGUGGCGCAAUGUCCAACAGGCUGUCUUAGCGCUACGGAGACGUUCUAUGACGAAACCGGCUGCCAGCAUUGUCGGUGCGUGGGCGAGUCGCCCCCACUCCUGCCGCCCCCGCAUCCACAACACCCUCCACCGCCAGGCUGGCAAGAGAUUCCGCCGCCGAAUCCGCACCCACCACGAUCAGAUGGGCUGCCGCCGUACCCGCCACCUCCCGGUAUAGACUACCCACCACUUACGCUGCCGCCGCCCGGUUUCCAGGGUCCAAAUGGGCCGCCCCCACAAGACUGCUUAGCUCCAACUUGUCCGAACGACUGCAUGGUAGGAGUGGAAUAUUUUCUGCUUCCGGACAAUUGCGAAGGAUGCCGAUGUAACCUUGACUGUCGGCCGCCGAUGUGUCCGAAGUGUUCGCUAAACGGAGUCGAGUAUUUCGUUGAUCCAGUAACUGGCUGUGAAGAAUGCCGCUGUAAAUUGUGCGGACCUGCCGUAUGUCCGGAUGGCUGUCCGAACGGAAUCCAAUACUCCACGAAGGCUGGGUGUAAAGUGUGUCAGUGUAAACCGUGUCCGAAACCCAGGUGUCCAAAAACGUGUCCAUGGGGUACAGUUUUAGUGAAGCACAAAUAUAUCGACUGCAAAAUCUGUCAAUGUCGAGUGUGCAAGAGACCUACCUGCCCGGCUAGAUGUAAAUACGGGAAUAAGAUUAUAAAAGACCCAGUCGGACCUUGUCCAAAGUGCGUCUGUGACUGGUGUGCACCUCCUGUGUGUCCUGUAAACUGCAGAUACGGGACACAGAUUGAAACACUUAAAAAGUCAGGCUGUAAAAAGUGUAUAUGCCAGCCAUGUCCUCCGAUCUCGUGUCCAAACAACUGCCUUGUGGGUACUAACAUCACAAAGAACCCACUCACAGGAUGCAAGAUGUGUAUUUGCAAAAAGUGCCAGCCCGCGGCGUGUCCCGUGAGCUGCCCAUACGGACUGGAGGUGAUCAGAAACCCGAGGACGCGGUGCGAGGAGUGUAGGUGUCUAAAAUGUUCUCCCACGGUCACGUGUCCUCAAAACUGUCAGAGAGGGACACAAAUGAUAACGGACAGACAGACAGGCUGCAGCAAAUGUGUGUGUAAAAAGUGCCCCCUAACGACCUGCCCUCGUGUAUGUCUGCUGGGGACGAUGAAGGUGCCGAAUCCGGGUGCAAGAGGCUGCAGCAAAUGUAUAUGUAAACCAUGCCCCAAAUUAAUUUGCCCCAGGGAUUGUGCUAGAGGGACGCAAGUGACCAGAAACCCCAGAACAGGGUGUUCAUCAUGCUCCUGCAAAACAUGCCCUCCACCAGUUUGUCCAAAGUGCAACUACGAUAUCAUGUUCUUCAGAGAUAAUACAGGGUGUAUCAGCUGCCAGUGCAAACCCUGCCCGGGACCUGUCUGCCCACAGCAUUGCUCGCUGGGAGUGACACACGUACAGCUGAAGAAUGGAUGCACCAAAUGUGAAUGCAAAACGUGCCCACAAACGAUAUGUCCUAAAAAUUGCAUCUACGGAAAGUUUUAUACCAAGAACCAACACAAUUGCCUGGAAUGUUCAUGCAAGCCUUGCGCCACGCCAAGAUGCCCGGCCGCGUGCCGUUACGGAGUGGAAUAUGUCCAAGACAAAUACAGAUGCACGUUCUGUCGAUGUAAAAACUUUGUGUGUCCUCCAGUACCUUCCUACUGUUCUCGCUGCCGUUUCGAGGCCUACUACUACAAAGACAACCUAGGCUGCACCAAGUGUCGGUGCAACUUCCCCGAAGCCGUAUGCCCGCCGAUGCCUCCAUGCCGAAUUUUCUGUUCCGCAGGAUUUGGCGUAGACUACCGAGGCUGUCCCGUCUGCUCGUGUCACCAAGGUGGUGGUGACCAGCAGAAAAGAUGAUUGGCAUAAAUGGGAUCCCUGGACACCCAAAAGGAAACCUUCUGCAGCCACAUGUCGAAAACCAGAAAUCUUUAAUCAGUUUGGAACCGAAAUAACUGAAGUUACAUGUCAAAUAAAGCGGCGUGGUUUGACUGAGAUCCUUCGAAACCCAUAAGGACAUUAAACAGAGCCGUGUGACUUUUAAAAAAAAAUCCUGAGAUAUAGAUCUUACCAGUAUGCAAGAACUGAAAUAACCGGAGCUAUAAAACAUGUUCGAGAUGGGAUUUGACAUUUAUAGCGUGACCCCACAACGAGAAUGAAUUCUGAUAUAGCAAACCGGAUCUGAAGACGGGUGGUUUACCAUAUGGGUUUCGUUGGCAGAAAGUUGUUGUGUCUGACAUUAAUCCCUAUGAAGAAAAAAAUCUGUUCUGUUAGCAAAUUGGGUUUUGAUGUUGAAUUAUUUAUAUAAUAUGUUUUAUUUGCAA